CGGGCGCGCGCUGCGGUUGCUAUGCAACGGCACUCAACCGCCGCCCGAAGGUCUGGUGGCGCGGGCGCAGCGUUGCGUGCGCGGCGGUUGUGUGUCUGGAGCCGGCGGGCAGGCUACUUUGGUAGAUUUAGUGGAAAUGCUGAAUGGCUCAGUUGCAGCUGGCUGUGUGUUCGCAUAUGGAUCCAAUAGCAUCCAAUUCCAGUCUUCCUGCAACAAGCCAGGAAAGAUGUCAUCCUGAAGUUCUUAAAGAACAGUCCCAGUUAGAACAUCUGAGAAAUAAUAUUCAGCAACAACUUGUGUGCUGUAAAGAUAAGAAAUUGAAAGAUCUUCAUGUUCUCAAAGAGCGGAGCUCUUCGUGUACUCAGCCUGCAGAAAAUAAUCAGUUGGGCUUAGAGAAAGCAGGUUUUUAUUCUGCUGGCCCCCAUAACUGGUGUUUCAAGGGUCAGGCCAGCACUGUGCCUUCCCACUGGAGAAUGAAGCGGAGAGAAGGUGUUGACAGAGCAUAUCCACUUAAGCCGGUUUUUCACCCAAAAUCUGGGAAUGGUCCCUUACCAAGUUCUUGGCAAGUUGGAAAUGCACCAGCAACAGACAUUCCUUCCUGUGGGAUUAGUUCAGAGAAAACAAAAGUGUCACAUGCGGUGAAGGCUCAGCCUGUAGGGGUGCAGUCUCCUUUUUCUGUACAACAAUCUAAUAGAACAACUUCUCAUUCACAAAGAGCAGAGUCAGGCUAUAUUCAAAAACUGGAGGCUGCUGGACGAAGUUUGGAGGAGGAAAUCCAGCGAAAGGAGGCUCUCCUUAGGGAGAAACUAAGGAAAACAGAAGAAGAGCUCCGUAAAAUCCAAUGGAAAAGACAGCAGACUAAAGUAGAAGCAAGAAGAGAGCAAGGAGGAUUAUGGAUGCCUGAGAAAAAAAUGAUAGCUAUUUCUCAAGAUUAUGAUUCCAAAUCUACCGCACAAUGUGAUAAAGAUGAUAAAAAACCGCUUGUUCCGGAGAUUGUCAUAGCUUCAAUUGGGACUGCCCUGCUUCCACAAACACUUCAUAUGGAAAGGCUCAAAAAGCAACGAUUGAUAGCUAGCAACAAUAAAAUUAGAGAUAACUUCUCCAAUAUUUCUUCCACUCACAGCCUAGAACCAGCAUCUGUACACAAGCAGUCUUGUUCUCCAACAGGAACCCCAGUAGGCCAUGCAGAAUCAGUGGCAGCAGAACCAUCAUAUAUAGAGGUCCAGAAUGAUAUAGAAGUUUGGGGAGAAUGUAGUUUUUGCAGACGGAAACUUUACUGCUCCAGGUUGGAGAAACAUAUGAAUAUUUGCAGAAAAAAUUAUGGAUCCAAGAGAAAAGUGUUUGAUUCAAGCAAGGCUAGAGCAAAGGGUACUGAAUUGGAGACAUAUCAUCUCUUGAAGGGCUCAUAUAUUUCACAGAAAAAAACUUCCAGCCAAAGUCCUGAGACUCCCAAGCAAAGCAAUUCUACAUCUAAACAAAGCAAUUGGAGACAGAAGCAUGACUCUUUCAUCAAGACUUUGCGCAGGGCUCGUGAAGUGCAGCGCAUCAUCUCCAAAGGGGGAAAGGCCUCAGAUCUUCCCCCAGCACCAGCUAUGGAAAAUCCAGAUUACAAAUUGUGUCCAUAUUGUACUCGUCAGUUUGCACCUAAGGUUGCUGAGAGACAUAUUCCCAAGUGCAAGAACAUUAAGAAUAGACCUCCACCACCACAUCAAAAAAAGCGUUGCUAGUAAAUAGACAAGAUGACAUCUACAACUGGUGUAAUCAUACUUUGGUUUCUUGCAGUUUUUCUCAGUUUGAUGCUAUUGAGAAGCAGUUUCAGUGUAAAACCAAUGAGAAAUCCACUAAUUUUAAAUGAUCAUUAAUCCCUUUAUACUACAGGUCAAGGCACCUACUGGUAGACGGACAAAAAGUGGCUUUGUUUUUAUCAUCUUGAAAUUUUGUAUUCUGAAAAAAUGGUUCCCUGAGAUUCCUUGCAUAUUUUGCAGUGGAAUUUUUGUCUGUUUCUUAGAACAUAGAAGAAGGGCCCUGCAAAAAGGCCUAUUAAAAAUUGGAAGAAAUAUGAAGUUCUUAUAAAUCAUGGCUAUACUUGUGACUCUUUGAUGGCAUCCGAGAUCAAUUAUUUUUUGUAUGAGCUGCCAGAGAUAAAUGAUUCCCAUUUCUGUGCUGAGUACCAUUACAAAAAGCACCCAUAUUCUAGAAAAUUCGUAUUUUAAAUAUUAGAAUGAUAGCUGGAGAAGAGUAAGAGCUAUUUCAUUGUAUUACAUACUGCUAUUUAUAUUAGCUGGGAACAGCUUUACAUUCAGUUUUGUUUCCUAUUGCAUAAGGUUAGUCUUCCUCACUUUAAUCUAUAAAAAUUCCUGUUAAAAAGGGGGGGGGAGUUUGGAUGGAUUGUUCUUUAUAGCAUAAUUGUACCUGAUUUUCAACUCUAUGCAACUUUAAGAUCAGUGAAAGGAAACAGAGAUAGUUAUUUGGAAGUGGGUAUUCAUUUAGCUCUGCCUUUGCUAACACAUAAAUGAUUAAAAUAUCUGGGAAUAGGUCAACUAGAACAAUCAGUAAACAAAUGGAAUAAACAUAUUUAUAAGCAAAUUAGCUGUCUUCAGGCAACAAACAUGGUCUAUAAUAAAAUAUAUAGAACUUAAGUUGCUUGCAAAAGCAAAUGUAUUUGCUGAAAGUGGAAACAUAUGGAUGAAUGCUUUGUUUGGAAAAUACCAAUUUUGCAUAACACACUGUUAACAGAGUAUAGUAUAAGAUUCCCCAAAAUUGAAUUGCUAGUUUUAUCUGAGCCUCAAAUUUUCAAUGAUCUGGUGCUAACUUAAAAUUUCAAGGAAACUGGAAAGCUUCAUUUUGAAUAAUAGAAUGUUUAAAAUUCAGUAUUUAUGUAAUGUGAAAAAUAAUUGUUGCCCAUGCUGCUAAUUUUGUUGGAAGCUAAAGCAUAUGAAGAUUUUUUGCAGGAAUUGGGGUGUGUCUAGUUUGAUGAAAAGAAGGAAUAAAGGGUGACAUGAUAGUGGAGUUCCAGGAUCUAAGGGGCUACCACAAAGAAGCAAUGGAGUCAAGCAUCUGAAGUAGAACAAGAAGCAAUGGAUGGAAAGUAAUCAAGGAGAGAGCCACCUAGAACUUUCCUGACAGAACAAUUAAUCAAUGGAACAACACCAGAGAUUUUCAAGAGGAUAUUGGACAGCCAAUGGUAUAGGAUUUCCUGCUUGAGCAGGGGGCUGAACUUGAUCUCCAAGGUCCUUUCCAACUCUUAUUCUGUUACGCUGUUUCACUAACAAAAUGUCAAAUGGAUUUAAGCAGGAAACUUUGCUUUCACCAACUUCUUGUUCUUAUUUUUCUAUCCAGCUUCAGAAAGGAAACUUUAAUAACUUUUGCACCAUACUUAGAUUUAAAUUACUUCAUAAUGAAACAAAGCUCAGAUUUCAUCUCUUGAGUAAUAGCCAUUUAUAUUACUGGUAUUUAUCAAAUCAGAUUUUAUUAGAGCUUGAUGAGGUAAAAUACAAGAUGAUCUUAUUGUUGGAUUCUGUGACUAUAUUUUACUUUUGGAGAAAUUUGCACAAGGAACAAUACGCAAAAUUUGUCAUUAAUCCCGGUUUGCUAUGACUGUGCUUGUAUAUGCAGUUCUUUAAUAUUUGAGAUAUAAAAAAAUAUUUUUAUUUACAUAAAAUUUAUGUAGCUGCCCAUCUCACAACAGAUUCUGGCUUGUGGCUCAAAUUCAAAUGGAAUAAUAAAUUCAGUUUGUUUUACAAAUCUUAAAUUGUUUAUACAAGCAUGGGUAUUAUAUUAGUAUAUCAUGGUAAAUUGAAGUUGUUUGUAUUAAUGGGAGGACCAAUGAUUGCUUUUUCAUUAUAGGUCAGAAGUGUUUAUAGUUCUGUACUGUUGUCUUCACGUCUGUUGGAGAGAAGGCAGUAGUUAGCUUUAUUUUCCUUGAACUAUGUCCUUGUCUUUUAGAAAGCUAUCCUAUAGUUUCAAUAUGGAUAAGUCUAAUGUGUACAGUAAGAAAAAGAUUUCUGCAUGAAGACCUUUUUUGGAUACAAUUUCUGCAUGAAGACCUUUUUUGGAUACUCUAAGAUUAAGCUGAAUCUCAAAAUGUCUUAAAGUGAUACAGUAUAUUACCCCUGAUUGCAAUAUUUGUCACAUAUUCUCUUUUAUUUUAUUUUUAUUUAUUAAUCAAAUUUAUACGCCCCAUCUCACUAUCUAAAUGUCUCGGGGCAGUUUACAAAUAAAAAAUAUAACAUCUAUACAAAAAUAGACAAAGUUAAAAAACAAAGUUAAGAAACUAAAAAGAGAGCCAGUUUAGUGGUUAAGACACCAGGCUAGAAGCCCAGAAUUACAUGCCAGCGUUGGAUCCCCAUGCUAAUAGAGCCAGGUCUUAUUCUAGAAAACUAAAAGGUGGGGGGGAGCCAACCUCAUCUUAGGGGGUAAAAUGUUCCAUAGGCAGUGUCAGCCCUGGAGGCCAUCUUUGGAUCUUCACGGCUGUCACACUUAGUGCUAUUGGGAAGGGGGAUUGCAUGGAGUUGUAGAUAUAUCUAGCCAUAGCAACAUUCUUUCUCUGGGAAUCAAGGACAUUCUACCUACACCUGGAGUGGCGUGACUGAAGGCAUCUCCAUUUGGGAUGGUGCAUUGAUUGGACCAUGUGAUGGAUUUGUGGCUGCAGGGAAAGGAACUUCGACUUUCCUUUGGGUGGGAAAACCUGGAAGCUUUCAGAUUUGGGUUUUCCCAGAUGUGCCAAUAUGACAUUUCCAAUAAAAUGGAACUUUGAGGAACUUCUAGCCUCAGAGUCAGGGGGAGGGGUUUACUUGGAACCCUGAUAGGCAGAUGUGAUGGCAGAGGCGGCUUUCUUCCUUGAAUCCACCCUAAAAAAAAUUUUAUCUCAUAGGGUCUGCAGCAUGCUUUUCCUAUCUGUUCAGGAUCAAUAAAUAGGCAAUCUUUUCAAAUGUAUUUUUUUAAUAAAAUGGCAGAGAUUGGUGAUAUAAAAGUUACUAGAAGUGGUGCUUCAUAAUUCUAGUGUUGUUGAAUGAACUCGAACUAUAUUGAGAGAUUUCUCCUCUUCCAUAUUAGAUUUACUAUCAUGAAUGUCAUAAGAAUGUGCAAACCUUCCCGAAGAAAUUGUGUUCUUCCUGUCUAAAUCAAACAUGCAGAUGCAUUAACCUGUUCUGAUUUUCUGUUGCAUGCAUUAACCUGUUCUGAUUAACCUGUCCUAUAUUUUCCAGAAAGGUAUAUUUCAGCAGAGUUUGAAUAGUGCUGGUGGUUCUACUUUCUAAUUGUAUUUAUCUUCUUUGUAUACCCAAUACUCAGGAACCAAAAAGUGGUGUGUAAUCCCCUUAUCAAUUAUCUGAUAUGUAGCUGUUUUUCUUCAAGACACACUAUUAUAUAAAUGAAAGGUGGUCUUAUCAGUAUUCUUUGUUCAAGCCUGAUUAUGUAUGAUCCAAUCAACACCAAAUGAAUAUAAGUGAUUGAUGUGUGCUACUCAUCAUCUUGA